AUGCAGCUCCUGUCGACCACCCUUGCCGCCUUGACGGUUCUUGCCUCGUUCGCCUCCGCCAACCCCUACGUCUACAAGCCCGUCGCUGCAUCGCACUACAAGGCUGGAGACUCCUUCACCGUAUCCUGGCGAGACAACGGCGAAGCGCCCCUUUCUUCGACCUACGGCACGACCGACAUCAUGCUUUACACCGGCAGCGCCUUGCAGCAAGUUCAGCUUGCGAAGUUGGGAAGCGUUGCGGAUCCUUCGAAGGUCACGGAGCAGCGGAUCACGAUUGACCCGUCUUGGGGACCCGACUCGGACCAGUACUUUAUCCGCAUCCAGUCAGAGUCGGCGAAGGACGCUUCCGGUGCACCUCUCCAGGCUUUCUCCGCCCGCUUCCAACUCACACAGAUGACCGGCGAGUGGUCUUCAUCCGUCAAAGCCGCGCUAGCAUCCAACUCAACCGUCGCAUCCACCUCCGCCGCCUCCGCCGCCUCCGCCGCCUCCGCAGCAAGCACCUCACGCCGCGUCGCAGGCUCGGCAGUCUCGACCUCCUCGUCGGCGUCCGCAUCGGCUUCGGCUGGCUCGUCGAGCAGCGGGACCGGGUCGGCGAGCGCGAGCGCGGCGAGCGCGAACAAGUCGGCGACGAGCGGGGCGGGCAAGGUGGUUGUUGGUGCGGCUGCUGGCGUUGUCGGAGUCGUCGCUCUCGCGCUCGCAGCUUAG